CAAAAAAGAAAAGGAGAUGAAAGAAACAGAAGGGGAAUGGAAAUGAGAGAGAAAAAAAGCAAAAAAAUUUUAAAAGGCACAAUAAUCACUUCAUUUGAUCUCAUAAUGACAAGAGAGACGUAUGAUAUUUUUUAAAAUACAAGAAUAAUAUAUGACUUUUCAUUAAAUCUUAAGACUGCCAUAUGGUUAUAUACAACUAGAGCUUUAUUUUUAAUUUUUAUGAAAAAAAGGCUUUAGUUUUUAACGUGUGGGCCGAAAACUUCGAUUAGGCCCGAUUGUAACUUAUACCUCGGCCCGCCCCGUUAAACGUCCCCUCCUAUGUAUAACCCGGGUCGGCUUGGGCCGGAUCCAAUGGACAAACUAAGCCAGGGUUGAACUGAAACCUAGACCCGCGAGUACGGGUCGGGAUCCUUCCGGUUCAAAGCUCCUUUCUUCUUCAUUCUGGCGAAAGAAACCCUUCUCCAAGCAGAGCGCCUACAGUCACAGUUGUCUUCCGUAGCCAAUCCGGACUGCUGAAUCAAGGACCUGUUCGGCUGUUCACUUUCAUUGCAGAAAAGAUGGUAAGCAAACGGCAGAAAUUAGCUCGCAAGCUGUUCAAAGAAGCGCACCCGGAGAUGUUCCCAAAGCCGGAGCCAACGCCACCCAAAGACCCGAACAAGAAGAAGAAGAAGAAGAAGAGCGUGCUCAAGCGCAAGAAAGCAGAGGGGAAGGAAAAAUUCAGAAAGCACCCGCUUAGAGUCCCUGGAAUGAAGCCUGGUGAGAGCUGCUUCAUAUGUAAAGCCCAGGACCACAUAGCCAAGCAUUGCCCACAAAAGGCUGAGUGGGAGAAGAACAAGAUAUGCUUGCUUUGCCGGAGACGGGGACACAGUCUCAAGAAUUGUCCUAACAAGAAUGAUGAGACCAUGGAUAAGAAACUGUGUUAUAAUUGUGGGCAAACUGGCCAUUCUCUUGCUCAGUGUCCCCAACCUCUUCAAGAUGGGGGGACAAAAUUUGCAAAUUGUUUUAUUUGUAAUGAACGUGGACAUUUAAGUAAGAACUGUCCCCAAAAUACUCAUGGAAUCUACCCUAAGGGUGGUUGCUGUAAAAUUUGUGGUGGUGUAACACAUUUAGCUAAAGAUUGUCCUGAUAAGGGCAAUAAAGCUUCUAACGCAGCAACUGAAGGUGAAGAAGUGCGAAGGGGACAGGUGACCAAAUUCUUCAGUGGUGACGAUCUUGGCGAUGACUUCACAGUAGAAAAUACAAGUGCUUCUACUGAUUCCAAGGAUAAUUCUAUAAAAUCGAAUUCGGCGUCCGGAAUGGCCGUGCAAGAUGACUGUAAGCUGAAGUUCUUGGAGCUGAAGGCGAAGAGGAACUACCGUUACAUCAUCUUCAGGAUCGAGGGCCAGCAGGUGGUGGUGGACAAGCUCGGAAGUCCCGCGGAUAGCUACGGAGACUUCACUAACUCGCUGCCGGCUGAUGAGUGCCGCUACGCUGUCUUUGAUUUCGAUUUCACUACCGAUGAGAAUUGCCAGAAGAGCAAGAUUUUCUUCAUUGCUUGGUCACCGGACACAUCAAAGGUGAGGAUGAAGAUGGUUUAUGCAAGCUCCAAGGAUAGAUUCAAGAGGGAACUGGAUGGGAUUCAAGUUGAGUUGCAAGCCACUGAUCCCAGCGAAAUGAGCCUCGACAUUAUUAAAGCUCGAGCCCUUUGAAUUCAUGAAGAAUCUCUCUCCCAAUUCUUCUCUUCUGAUCUCUCCUUUCGUAAUAUUGGAGUGAGUCAUGAUUGAUCUUAAUUUAAUUGGUUUCAUGCAUGUUUUUGGCAAAUUCUGAACCAUGCCCUAGCUAGGGUAAUGUAAUAGUAAUACUAUGCAUUCUCUUAUUGUUUUAUGGUUCCUCCUAAUUGUUCUGCUUGUCAAGCAAUGCUUAAUUUGCUUUGCUUGCACGUGU